AAAGAGAAAUCAUUUUGAUUUUUAGGACAAAAACAUUUGGCAAAAAUCGCGAGAAGAGAAUGGAAUCGAGCAGAAACAAGGUUUGCUAGCAAAGAGGGUUUUUGUUCAAGUAAGUUCAGAAGAAAAGGAAAUGGGUAAAGGUAUUCCUCGGAAAUCAGGUACCGGCGACGACCUUCAUGCGGCUGCAAGGUCCGGUGAUCUGAUAGCCGUUCAAUCAAUUUUGAUUUCAAAUCCUUUGGCAGUUAAUUCCCGAGAUAAGCAUUCCCGAACACCACUACAUUUAGCAGCCUUUUCUGGGCAAGCAGAAAUAGUCAGUAACCUCUGCAAGAACAAGGCUGAUGUUGGUGCUUCUGCUAUGGAUGACAUGGCUGCAAUACACUUCGCGGCACAGAAGGGUCAUUUAGAAGUUGUUCGGGCUCUGGUUUCGUCUGGUGCCUCUUUCAAAUCCUCUAAUCGUAAAGGCAUGACUCCAUUACACUAUGCUGCUCAAGGCUCCUAUCUGGAACUUGUCAAGUACUUGACCAAGAAAGGUGCAAGUCUCAGUCUCAAGACAAAGGCGGGAAAGACCCCGUUGGAUCUUGCUACCAACGAUGAAGUCCGUACCUUUCUGGAGGGAUUUGAAAAAUCAGCAAAGAAUGGAGAAUCAAAAACCGAAGAUAAAGCUGAAGACUCUAAUCUAAAGGCAGCUGAAGAAUCUGAUCCGAAGGCAUCGUCCUCUUUGGGAUCCCAAGGUAAUUCGGGUGAUGAACCACCUGCAUCUGCUGUUGAUGAAGAAAGUGGUGAGAGAGAGAAGAGGAAGGCUAAGGAAGAUGAUGCAACAGAAGACUUGUCAAAACAAAAAAAGGCGAGAGUUAAGUUAAGCCAUCUUCAAAGUUCAGAUGAUGCCCAAGAAGAAGAAAACCUGUAGGUUGCUAUAGGCAUAAUAGAACGAAAAAUUUGUUAUCAUAGUAUGUAAUAGUAUCUUAUUUUAUUACCCCUUUGUGGAGUUGGUAGAUCGGACCAUCUAUUAACCUUUAUUGACAAUUUUUCUGAAUUAACACAAUUUUAUCAUCUUUACAAA